AUGGCAAUGGUUUUCGGUGCGGCUAAGCCAAGACCCUUGCAGCCCACACGUGUGGGUUCCAAGGACUUCCAUCUGCAGACGUUGGUUGCUUCGCCUCCAAAGCAGGAGCCUCGGGCGGGGCACGAGUUCGCAGCUAUGAGGGCGUACUACGCCACCAGCAUUAAAUCCGACGACGAGCUUCGCCUCAAGGCUCUGCAGCGCUUCCGAGUUCUUUUGAUUUCGGAGCCCACGGCCAGUGUCUUGGGUGAGACUCUAUGGGAGAUCUCCUUGCAGAUGGGAGGCGACAACGAAGCCUCCAUGGUCGUGGUAGACGCCUUUGCUGGGCGUGCGACUGGAACCUUGGUAAAGUACUCCGCAGCCUACUGGAGGUUUGCCAAAUGGGUCACCAGCAACAAGGUCGGCACACCUCUUCGGCCUACUGAGACGCUGGCGUACAGGUACAUCUGUCACCUUCGAGACAGCAAGUGCGGAGCUACAGCUGCUUCCACCUUUCUUCAGGCACUCAGCUACUUAUACAAGGUAGCUCGGGUUAAGGAGCCGAGCGUGGAUUUUCUCUUGUCCUCUCGCGUGCGAGGGGCCGCCCGGUCUAUGUUCGAGGGCAAGCGAUGCCUCAAGCAGGCACCUCCGCUCACUGUAGAAAUGGUUCGGGUUCUGGAGCAGACGGCGUGCCUCAGGGAUGGAAGUUACCUGACUUUGGUUGCGGGCCACCUCUGCUUUUGCCUCUACGCCUGCUGCCGCUUUGGGGAUUCGCAAGCUCUGGAAAAGAUCCAGGUUUCUGAGGGCGGCCCUAUCGUCCUCGUUGAGACUGCCACCAGGUCUUACAAGACUGCUACCAGCCAGGAGAAGAAGACCACCUUCCUGCCGCUCCUUGCUCUGGGCAUCGGCUUGGAGACUGAUUAUCCUUGGGCUUAUGGCUGGGAGGAAGCCCGAGAGGUUUUGCCUCCCAACUGCGGGUGGGCCCUACCUGCCUACUCCUGGAACACAGGCAAGUUUCUCAACCGGGAGCUGAGUACAGGUGAGGCUAGCUUUUGUCUUCGCGAAAUCCUGGCGAACGGUGGCAUAGAUCCGUCAGAGUGCUGGAAAGUCUCCAGCCACAGCUUGAAAAGCACCCUGCUUAGCUGGUGCUCGAAAAGUGCAAAGGUGAGUUUGCAGGAUCGCCGUCUUAUUGGCCACCAUGUUGAUAAGAAUGCUGCUUCUCCUUUGUGCUACUCUCGAGAUGAAUGCACGCGACUGGCUGCCUUGGUUUUCGGCGUCCUUCACCUCAUCCGCGCAGGAGUUCUCGACCCGGACCUCUCUAGAGUCAUGCGCUUGAAGGCCCUGGUGGAGCAAGGCGAGACUUUGGACCGCCACACGGUGGUCGAAGGCGAUGAGCCGGUGUCCGAAGUAGGAUCGGAAGAUUGCGCCUCCGAAGACCUGGAGGACGAGCCGGACGAGCUGAGCUCCGACCUCCCGGGCCUGCCACAGCCAGUGGCCCCAGACGAGGAGAUCGUAAGGCAUGUCCUUUCAGGCAUUUUGCAUUUUAAGAUUUCAGAGGAGCGCCUUAAGUGCGGAAGAGUCCUCAACAGCAACUACGUAGCACUCGAGGGGGACAUCCUUCCGGACCUCCAUCCACAGUGCAGUCAAUGUUUGGGCAUCUGA